AUGCGCGGCCGCACCUGGCUGGGCGCUGCGCUCGUCCUUGGGGCGCAGCUCCGAGCGCUGUGGCUGGCGGCGGCGGUGGAAGUUCACACUGCCAAGGAGGUGGUGGCCGUGAACGGGACCAACCAGCGGCUGAAAUGCACCUUUUCCAGCAGCAGCCCCAUCAGCCAGCAGCUGUCAGUGAGCUGGAACUUCCAGCCCGAGGACCUGAGCUCCCAUGAGCCGGUAUUUUACUACCUGAAGGAGCCCUACACGCCCCCCUCGGGGAGGUUUAAAGAGCGAGUCACCUGGGAUGGGAACAUUGAGCGCAACGAUGUUUCCAUCAUGAUCUGGAACCUGCAGCCCAGUGACAACGGCACCUUCACCUGCCAGGUGACAAACUGGCCCGAUGUCUAUGGCACCAUCGGGGAGGUGCGGCUCCGGGUCGUGCAGAAAGUGAAUUUCUCAGAAAUCCAUUUCCUGGCCGUGGUCAUCGGAUCUGCCUCCGUCCUGAUGGUCAUCGUGGUGACAGCUGUGAUUAUCUGCCGGCAGCGUCGCAGGAAAGCGCGAGACAAGAGGCUGGAGGUGGCAGACACCGAGCGCAAAGAAAAGGAGAGCCUGAAGAUGAGGGAGGAAAAGGAGCCCAUUCCAUUGGAAGAUUAAAGGUCUUUGCUGGUGUGCACAAUGCAGGUACUUCCAAAGCAGCUGGUGGAAGCUUGUAAUUUGGGGUGUUAGAACAAAGCCGGGUUACAGACGCCCCACGCUGCCGGUGCAGUACCUCUGCUCAACCUGAAAGUCCUGCACGGGAAGAGGGUGACUUUACACGAGCGGUGAAUUCCCUUCAGGGGAGCAAAGCAGGAGGAUCUUGCCCCAUGAACAAAGAGCUUUCCUUCAUCUUCUCACCUGUGCAAUGUGAGCACGUCUUCUCCAGGAGAGAUGAAAGUGCCAAGACUGACUGAACAGAGGGCUGGGAGGUGUUGGAGCAGAUGCACUCUUGCACCUUACAAACCACAACGUGCCUUUGUGUGGCCCUGUUUUUAUCUCCUGAGAAACCUCCCUGACACCCUGAGAAGGAAGACUGAGCAGUGAGGUCUCAUUUGGUACAACAAGUGUCCUUGGAAUCCCUUUUCUACCUUAGAUGGGCAGUGUUAGAGCCGGGCAGGGGGUGCUGCUUGUAAUUAGGGAUAAUAUUCACCAACCAGCGUGGUUUGCACGUCCAUGUCUGGCAGCUUUUGAGAAUUUGGGGGUUGAGGAGACUUUUCUGCCUGGGUUCAGCAGCUGUUCCCAUUCCCACUCUCGCUAUCCCAGCGCUCCCCCCAUCCCCCAAAACCCCUCGGAGUUUCCCCAAAGCUCCCACGGAGCUCUAACGGUGUCCAGCCAGCCCCAAACCAAUCCCGUUACGGUGUUUCCCCAGCCCCAAAUCAAAGCCUUGCCCUGUUUGUUUGUAGCGUGUCUUUAUGGCUUUAUAACCUGCGAUGUGCCGGGCACGCUCCCUGGCUGUUACCUGCUGGCUGUUCAUUUCCACU